GAGAGAGAGAGAGAGAGAGAGAGACUAUUUUCGUCUGUUUCUUCGCUGUAAGAGAGACGCAACCCGCAGUCGCCGGUGACUUUUAUUGGUGAAAACACGGGCACUUCCGAAUAACGAGCUCCAGCGCCUGGAUUUAUAAAGAUCACCAGUCUCCUGCCUCUUGUACCACUUCAUGUGGAUGUGCUGUAUUUCUCCUCCACGACGUCUAAGAUUGAUCUUUUUUUUUUUUAAUCAGAUGACCGGCGAUUGCACGUCGAGUCGAAUGGAGUUACAAGGAACUGGAUGGAUGCAGACUUGCGUGAUAUCGGCAUGUUGAGGAUCCUGUGCAGAUCACGGCGGAUCUAUGUGCUAUAGUCUAUUCCUAUAAAUCAGCAGCAGAAGAAAAAAAACUGAGAAGCACUACAAAGAUGAGGGUUAUUUUGGCUUGUGCUGCUUCUGGGACAGAUCACACGCCAGUGUAACACUUCGGGGUCCGGAUCAACGCGACCCCUGUGUGCUGUUUGAAAUGUCCAGAUGUGCGCUCGGUACUGCGUCCGACUGCAGAAAGUGUGUGUUUUUAUAUUUAGCUUAGGAAAUCUGCAUUUCCACAUUUCCACACGGGAUGCACAAACGCACACACACACACACACACACACACACGUCUCUCCCUCCGUCCUGAGAGCGCAACAUGUAUUUCCUGUAAGUGUUCCUUCCUUUUUUUGGGGGGGGUUUCCCACGGAACACUGUAGGCUCUUCGGCGUGAUGUGAUGGACGGACAGCGUACACAAGACGAACACACGACGAAUUUUUAUGCAGCCAUGUGAAAAGAGGACGAAAUACGACAUGGAAACACGAAGGCCAUUUUGAUAGCAAGCAGAGGUUUUCGUGCAAGUAUUGCAUUUUCGUUUGCUUUUUUUCAGCCAUCCAUCCAUUUCUACUGCUUGCUGUUUGAUGCUUUCAUAAAAAAAAAAAAAAAUAAAACAGCCAAAGGUUAUUUUACUUCUCCAGAAGCAAGCAAUACAUCUGAAAGAAAAUAAUCAUCUCAUCGCUUCCUUCCUGAAUCCUGCGUUCAUUGUCUCGGCGAGGCUUCACCAUGGAAACCUGGCGUAAGCGACCAUGAUGGCAAACCGUGCAGGAAACACACACACAGCGGAGAAUAUGUAAACAACCACAUUUACAGAGGCAUAUAUCUCUCCUAAAUUAUUUCUUUUUUUUUUCUGCCUAUGUGGACUGCAGCUGAUCAUUCUGGGGCCUGUUUCCCCCAUCUUCCUGACAACACAUUUAUGGAUCCCAAAAAGUGUGUGUGUGUGUGUUUUUGACAUAUAGUAGGCUACCAUUUGUGCCAAAGUGUUCAACCUAAAGAAAGGUCCAGUUUGAUGACCAGAAUCUGUGUGAACUAAAUUAAACCUACAUGCAAGAUCCAGUUUGAGUACAACAAGUGACAAAUCAGGAGACGAACCACACGGAAUCCAGUCAUCAGAUAAAACUCUCAGGUCGAAAGCUUGUUUGACAUGGGAGUUAAGAGGGUCCCAGACAGGCCAGCACAAUGUACUUGUGAUGUACGCUUGUUUAAGGAGUAAAAGGGACAAAAAGGAUCUAUUUUUCAUUCUUCAGUUCACCUAUCGGGUCUUCGAAAUGCCUCGGAACCGGGCCUUCUCUGAGCCGGAGUACUCUGCUGAGUAUUCAGCAGACUGCUCGGUCACGCUGCCCUCCGAUCCAGGCCAAGCAGUGGGAAGAACCCAUGAGGUCACCGUGCGUAACUCAGGCUGUUGUUUGUGUCUCCCUCGCUUCAUGCGUCUCACUUUCACCCCAGACUCACUGGAGAACCUUUACCAGACCUAUUUUAGAAGGCAGCGGCAUGAGACCCUGCUGGUCUUAGUGGUGUUUGCAGCUCUCUUUGACUGCUACGUGAUUGUGAUGUGUGCAGUGGUCUAUACCAGUGAUAAGCUGGCAUCUGUGGUUGUGGCGUGUGUAGCAUUAGCUGUGAACAUUGUGCUCUACCUACUGUGCCGUUACGGCCUUCUGCCCGAGCGCAUCUCUCGUCGGCUGGUGCCCUAUGCCCUAUGGGUGCUCAUAGAUGCCCAGAUUUUCUGUUAUUUAGGACUGAACUUUGCCCGCUUCCACCAGGCCAGUGACACAGUAGGCUGGCAGGCCUUCUUCAGCUUCUCCUUUUUCUUGACUCUGCCAUUACAACUGACACCUAUUGUGCUCAUCACAGCUGUGUCAUGUGGCGUGCACACGUUGGCGCUGGGCGUCACCAUCGCACAGCAGCAGCAAGAAGACAUCCAAGGAGCUGCUCUUGGGAGACAGCUGUUUGCCAACAUCUUGAUCUACAUAUGUGCAAUUACUGUGGGUCUUAUGUCAUAUUACAUGGCUGAUCGCAAGCACCGCAAGGCGUUUUUAGAGGCCAGGCAGUCUCUUGAGGUGAAGCUGAAUUUAGAGGAACAGAGUCAGCAGCAGCAACGUCUACUGCUGUCCAUUCUGCCCAAGCACAUAGCAGACGAGAUGCUACAAGACAUGAAAAAAGAGGCCAGUCAGAAAGAGAUGCAGCAGUUCAACACUAUGUACAUGUAUCGCCAUGAAAAUGUUAGUAUUCUGUUUGCAGACAUUGUGGGAUUCACCCAGCUUUCUUCUUCCUGUAGUGCACAGGAGCUUGUCAAGCUGCUCAAUGAGUUGUUUGCUCGCUUUGACAAACUGGCUGCUAAAUACCACCAACUAAGGAUAAAGAUCCUCGGAGAUUGCUACUACUGUAUAUGUGGCCUUCCAGAUUAUCGAGAAGACCAUGCAGCCUGCUCAAUAAUGAUGGGAUUGGCCAUGGUGGAAGCUAUUUCCUAUGUUCGAGAAAAGACACAAACAGAUGUUGACAUGCGUGUUGGGGUGCAUUCGGGGACGGUUCUUGGUGGGGUGCUCGGACAGAAGCGCUGGCAGUAUGAUGUCUGGUCUACAGAUGUUACAGUCGCCAACAAAAUGGAGGCUGGAGGUAUACCUGGGCGAGUGCACAUCUCUCACAGCACACUGGAGUGUCUUCAUGGUGAAUUUGAUGUCGAGCCAGGGAACGGGGGCGAUCGCUGUGAAUACCUAAGGGAGAGAAGCAUUGAGACUUACCUAGUUGUUGUUCCCAAAGGACCAGUGAGCAAGAAUGGAAUCAAUGGAGUGAAGCUGUCGGUGACAUCAUCUAAUGGGAACUCUCCUCUGUUAAUCAACACUACAGAAUGUAACGGAAGUGUACACACAGCCUGCACCACCCCUGAAGAACCAGAGGAGCUGGACACACGGGUGGUGAAUCCCUCGUUCCCCAAUCCCCGGCGGCGUCUUCGUUUGCGAGACCUGGCUGAGAGAGUUAUUGAUGCUCAGGAAAAUGAGCAGGAGCUGAAUAAACUCCUGAACGAGGCACUGCUAGAACGAGAGACAGUGCAGGCAUUAAAGGGAAAGUACACUAACCGCCUUUCACUGCGCUUUGUGAACCCUGAGCUGGAGACACGUUUCUCAGUUGAAAAGGAGAAGCAGAGUGGAGCUGCCUUCAGCUGUUCCUGUGUAGUGCUGCUUUUUACAGCAGCAAUUGAAGCACUUAUAGACCCUCUGUUGAUAGCCAACUAUGUGACUCUAGCUGUGGGGGAAGUGCUGCUGCUCAUUCUCACCAUCUGCUCCCUGGCAGCCAUUUUCCCACGGGUAUUUCCUAAGAGACUGGUGUCAUUCUCUACAUGGAUUGAUCACACACGCUGGGCUCGCAACACUUGGGCCAUGGCAGCCAUAUUCAUCCUCACACUGGCUGACAUAAUAGACAUGCUAAGCUGCCAGCCUCCACAGCCUGUUGGGGAUGUUUCUCCAGCCCCAGCUGGACUAGGCGGUUGUCUGGAUAACCCCAAAUAUUACAGUUACAUUGCUGUAUUAGCGCUGAUUGCUACUACCAUGCUGGUGCAGGUUAGCCACAUGGUAAAGCUUACUCUGAUGUUGCUGAUCACAGUAGCCUCGGGAAUUGUAAAUAUUUACAGUUGGAGGGACAUCUUCGACCAGUAUGAUCUAAACCACUAUAAAAAGUACAGAAGAUACCUCGUGCCAUCCAAAUAUACAAUGACAGUGAUGAUCUUCAUUAUGAUGGUCAGCUUCUACUACUUUGCACGGCAUGUGGAGAAACUGGCCACACUGUUCCUGUGGAAAAUUGAGGUACAUGAGCAAAAGGAGAAAGUGUACGAGAUGAGACGCUGGAACGAGGCUCUGGUCACGAACAUGCUCCCAGAACAUGUUGCCCGCCACUUUCUGGGCUCCAAAAAGAGGGAUGAGGAACUUUACAGCCAAUCCUAUGAUGAGAUUGGGGUUAUGUUUGCCUCUAUCCCAAAUUUCUCUGACUUCUACACAGAGGAGAGCAUCAACAAUGGGGGAAUUGAGUGUCUGAGGUUCCUCAAUGAAAUUAUAUCUGACUUUGAUAGUCUCCUGGAUGAGCCUCAGUUUCGUUUUAUAACCAAGAUUAAGACUAUCGGCAGCACUUACAUGGCAGCGUCAGGAGUCACUCCUGACACCAACGCUAAUGGCUACGCUUGCAUGAAGCAAAAGGAGGAAUUGUCGGAUAGGGAGCGCUGGCAGCACUUGGCAGAUCUGGCAGAUUUUGCUUUGGCUAUGAAAGUUACUUUGAUGAACAUUAAUUAUCAGUCCUUUAACAACUUCAUGCUUCGCAUUGGACUCAAUAAAGGUGCUGUUCUUGCUGGGGUAAUAGGGGCUCGCAAGCCUCAUUUUGACAUCUGGGGCAACACUGUUAAUGUGGCUAGUCGCAUGGAGUCUACAGGAGUGAUGGGAAACAUUCAGGUGGUGGAAGACUGCUAUAACAUCCUGAAGGACUAUGGUUUCCGUUUUGUGAGAAGAGGACCGAUCUUUGUCAAGGGGAAGGGGGAAUUGCUCACUUAUUUUUUAAAAGGACGAGAAAAACAGGGUUCCUUCAUCAAUGGCUCUUCUGUCACACUGCCUCAUCAGGUGGUGGACAGCUCUUGACCUACAUGCAUGUAAAACCAACAAAUACAAAACUUCAAGUUAACAAUCACCCACCUGACCUACAUAACAUCUAUAUAAGACUUUUUAAAGGGGGAAUUUCACAGAUUUUCAAAAACCUAUUAUAAUUUGCUUGGUUAAAUUUAAGUCAUGCAGACUAUACAAGAAGAAAGAAAAAAAAUAAUUCCUCAUGUUUGUAAUAGGAACUUGGGAUUGUUGUCUAAACAUAAUACACAAUGAUUCCUAAUAAAUAGCAUCAUGUAAUUCAGAUUUGGGAAGAAAAAAACAACAUUAAGCACAUCAAAUUCAAUCUGCUUUUUCUUUAUUAGCAUUCUUUAGUCUUCCUCAUUGUUCUUGAAUUCUAUUUGUUAGUCUACUGCAAUUCCUCAUCUGCAUUAUAGUUAAAACUGCUUUUAGAUAUUAAAAAAAUAUCCUCCUAUGCUACCAUUUCUGACAGUUAGUAGGUUUAAAGAAAAAUAAAUGAGUGGAAUACUUGAUCUGUUAAUUGUAUUUACUGGCUAUAGCUCCAGGAUAUAGUAACAGCAGAAACAGGCCAAAGCCUUAUCACAAAGCUGUCAUAUGUCCUCAUCAGCCAUAUAUUUUAAUUAUUUUGCAUAACUUCCUCUAAGGAUGGUUAUAGAGACUCUACGCACUUUAAACUACUGGUUCCUAUCACUGCCAUUGUAAAGACUUCUGAGUAAAUAAUGCACAAUCCAUCAAACAAGUCAAUGUACUUCUUGAAGGUUGAAUAUUUGAAGUGUCUGUGAAAUUCCCCUAAAAAUAUAUUGCGUUGCAUUUUAAAAGGAGGAAGAUCACAGAAAUAGAAUGUGAAAAGAGAUUCUCUCUGUUUACUCAGGAGAAAUACAGGGUUAUACUGUACUUGGUUCAUAUAAAUACUGACUAGAUGGAUAGAAGGAAGGAAGAAGAAGUGAAUUUCCAAAAAUAAUUUAUUUGCUAAGUCAGUAAAGCUACUGUUUAAGUACAGCAUAAAGUACAUACAGUAGACUUAAUGACCCUCUGGAUGAAGUCAAGAUUGUACAUGACACGCAGUGCUUUUUACAGUUGGCUUUUAAACUGAUCCUGUAUAGGUUAUUGUUAAAAAAUCAGUUUUAUGUCUAAGAUUCUUUUUUCUUUUUUUUUUUUUUUUUGGUAAUUGAAAACCAAAUUUUAAAGCAUAUAAAGGGAAGCACACCAGCUCUCUCUGCCAUUAUGUGUGUGCAGAUGCAUGCACACAGAAUUGUGUGUGUUCUUGCCUGCUGUUCUGAACAUCUUUUUAUCUACCCCUUUUUAUUUCUCUGAUUUUGAACUUUACAACCCUUUACAGUCAACUCAUUUUUCUACCCAGUUGAAAGUGUUUUAGUGUGCCAUACAAAAAGUGCCAUAACAUAACUAUGUGUCCUGUAUAUAUGCUCCUUCGGGGUGAUUGACGUGUCACUGUGAGCAGGCGAAAUGCAAGUGUGUAUGUACAGUUUGCAUGCACUAGAUGAGAGUGCAGAACGGGUUAAGAGAAUUCUUUUGGCAGUAUUGGAGAUAUCGACACUUCUCAGAUCUCUGAUUAUACUCACCCUCAAAGACUUUCCUAAAAUACUAGAUGAAUGUGCAAUAGUUUAUUCUUUUACAAUUAUUCUUUUCUCCAAUACCCUUUGCAAAAACAUUCUCUACCCAGUAAGUCAUAUUUUUAUAUUGUAUAUGUUUCAUUCAAAAGAGUAUUGUGCAGAUUUUAUCAGGUACAAGACUGAUCAAGUGGUGUGCCUGACAACAGUUUCCUGUUAAUUUAUUGCAGAUAUCAGGGAUAUUGAAUGAGAAACCAUGGACAGAAUUGCAAUUUUUGUUUUUGAAUUGUUGUAAUGGAUUCGGAAGAAAUGUCAUUGGGAUUGUUUUUUUUUCUGGCCUGAUGCAGAAAUUAUGAUUUGAUUAUUAUUUUUUUUUUAUUAUUUCUUUUUUUUGGGUAAUAUACUAGGACAUGGAAAUAAAAUGGCACUUUGAAUGA